AUGCCACGAAACGUCUACGAACCUUUGAAGACAUAUUUUCUCAAAGUUAACAUUAACUGCCAAGGAUGUAAGAUGAAAGUGAAGAAAACACUUAGAAAAAUUGAAGGUGUUUACUCUGUUGAUAUAGACACAGAUCAGGAAGCAGUGAUUGUUAGAGGUAACUUAGAUCCAGAGAUUUUGGUCAAGAAGUUGAACAAGAGAGGGAAACAUGCUCAGCUUAUGUUCUUGACUCCUUACCAUAAGGACCAAUACUUUGGUAAUCAUCAAGCUGUUCUUAAUCAUGACAACAGAAGCUUGGGGAACACACAAUACAAUUUCGGAAGCAAUCACAACAAUGUGCCAAGUUAUGAAAGGCUUAAUCAUCAGAGUGAUGAAGAGAUGAUGAUGAUGAUGAACAUGAAACCUGUGAUGAUGAACGAUGCAGAUUACUUCGAAAUGAGUGAUUCACCUGAAGAUUUCCAAGAGCUAUUUGGGGAAAUACCGCAAAGACACAACAACUACGAAGAUGUGAAACCAAAUCUGAUGAGGGACAUGGAUCUUGGAUACUCUAAUGCAUACCCUGCAGCAGAAACAAUGAACAUGCAGAUUGGAGGAAGAGUAAAUAAUAUGAUGGUGAAUGAGAGAGGUUUUCAUGGUCAGAUGAUGAAUGAGAGAGGCUUCCAUGGUCAGAUGAUGAAUGGUCCAUCUCUUGUUCCUCAGUCUAUGAAUCAUGAACAGUUCAGCUCAAGGCCAGUUCAGUCUAUGAAUCAACAGUUCAGCUCAAGACCAGUUCAUGGCUUUUACUACUGA